UAUGUAGUUUAUAAUGGUAGAAUAUUACAAGACAAUGAAGAUAUACACCCAGAUCAAAUGUACCAUGUUAUACCUAGAUUGGUUGGAGGAAAGGGAGGAUUUGGUUCUAUGUUACGAGCUAUUGGUGCUCAAAUUGAGAAAACAACCAGCCGUGAAGCCUGUAGAGAUUUGAGUGGUAGAAGAAUGAGAGAUGUCAAUAAUGAGAAGAAGUUGAAAGAAUGGUUAGGUAAACAGUCUGAAAGGGAGAGAGAAAAAGAAGAAAAACGGAAAGAAAGAAUAGAGAGAAGGAGAAAUAAACCACAACAUAAAUUUGAUGAUCCAACAUUUUUUGAGCAGAAAAAUAAAGUGGUAGAAGAUUUAGAAGAUGCUUUACAAAAAGGUAAUGUGGCAACAGCAACACAGGCCACAUUUGGGUGA